AUGCCGGGAUAUUCUCGCUCUCUCUGUGAUUUACAUUCGUGCGGCGCUUGGGAGGGUGAGCAGCAUUUGCAAGACCUGUUUGGCAUCGUGGGAGAAAAUUUUACUUUUCCAGUGAAUAUAGAAAAAAACCCAGAGGAAAUAGUUUGGACAAAAAACAAGGAUAAAGUGGCGGAAUGGGAAGAACAAAACACGACAUAUUUUUCUUCUUUCCGUGACAGAAGCUUCCUUAAUGAGGAGAAUGGCUGCUUGACUAUAUUUAACUUGCAGAACAGUGAUGCUGGCGUAUAUGAAUUGGAUUACUUCAUUACUCAGAAAGAAAGUUCUUCCUUAACCUUCAUGCUUCAUGUGCUACCUCCCCCUUCAGAACCUGAGAUAAGUUGUAAUGACAGCGGGGAUACCUUUGUGUUGAAAUUCCCAAAGCCUCUGUAUUACACAUGGAAGUUGAAUGGCAUACCACCAAUUGUUCAUCACAUCCCAGAAGUUUUCAUCCCGAAGGAGGAUGUUGGUGCUUCCACAAAAGCUGUGUACUUCAUUAAGUUCUCUCAAACAGAAAAGAGCUCUGAAAUCUCUUUGACCCAGUGCUUAUCAGGUAAAAAAUGUAAUGAACCCUCCAUGGGCUACAGGUGAAUAUCUGCUCCACUGUGAAUCUCUGUGGGCUGCAGGGGGAUAUCUGCUCCACCAUGGACCUCCAUAGGCUGCAGAGGAGUCUUUGCUCUGGUGCCUGGAGCACCUCCUCUCCUUCUUGCUUCUUCACUGAUCUUGGUGCCUGCAGAGCUUUUUCUCUUGCACCUUCUCACUCCUCUCUCUGCUGUUGCAUGUCAGUUUUUACCCUUUCUUAAAUAGAUUAUUGCAGAAGUGCUACCACUGUUGCUGAUGGGCUUGGCCUUGGCCAGUGGUGGGUCCAUCUUGGAGCCAGCUGGCAUUGGCUGUCUUCUGGCACCUUCUUACAGAUGCCACCUGUGAAGUCUCCUUGCUACCAAAACCUUGUUUGCAACCCAAUAGACAAUGUUUGAUGAAACUUUAUUUGUCUGAUUUCUGGCUCAGCCUUUCAUAGGCCAAAAAUCGCUGCUUGGGUUGCGCUGGGUGUUGGUCAAUGGGUGCUGAGCAAUUUUAUUGUGCAUCAACGGUGUUUACGGAUGUUUUCCCUUUCCCCUCUUAGUUUCGUAUU